AUGCAAAACUUCGCGCGCCUAAGAACCGACGCAGCACCAGAGACGACGGCGGCUCAGCAAUUGGCGCAUUCUACCGAUCACUCGCUUUGUCGCGCUCUGAACGCGCUGAGCGAAGUGCUCCCACCGCUAGGUAUUGCCAUGAAAGGUUUGGUGCACUACGUUACGCGGAUCGAUUACGACGCAGCGCUGGAAACGACGCUUGAAUUGUAUUACGGCGACAUAAUCUAA